CAUCGACCUCUCUUUUGAUAUUGCAUACUUCGUGCCAGUUGACAUGUUCAUUUGCUGAUUGUUUGGUUUGAGCAAGUUCAUUGAUAUUUCCCCCUCCCCAUACUUUUGCUCAACGGCAGUGGAUUUAUGAUAUUCUUUCCUUCGUUAAUAUACCAUAUCACCAUUCUUCCUGCGUCCUACUGGAUACCACACCUGUUGAAAUGUACUUUUGCCGCAAAUCUGUACACAAGUUUCUGCAUUUUUUGUGCUAUUUUAUUUUUUUUUUCCUGUCUAAAUAAUUCCAACGUGUCACUCGUUUGUGGUUCCUUGCAUGCAUCCGCAGACUAUUAUUAUCUCAUAAUGGUGUCUGUGUGUGUGGAUUCCCUUCUGGGAGAUAGAUGCAUGCACCAUUUGCAGGAGGACUCAGACCCUUACUUCACUUACAUCAUCAUUCUUUUUUCAUUUUUACCCCCUUGCUGUUGGCUACUAUUCUAGUCAACGGUGUAUCAUGUAGAUACCCUUCUUAUUCUAUU